AUGGAUAUCCUCGUCUCUGCAAUCGUAGGCGACCUCAUCAGCAGGUCAGCUUCGUUCGUGAUCAGCAAAUACUUCCAGCAGCAGCCUGGCAUCGACCGGAUUCUGCGGAGGCUACAGAGUGUCCUACUGAGAAUCGACAUCAUCGUCGAGGAGGCCGAGGCGCGGAUCAUCACCAACCAGGGGAUGCUCCGUCAGCUCAAGAUGUUGAGGCAAGGAAUGUACAAAGGCCACUAUGUUCUCGAUGCCUUGAGAUUCCAAGCGGCCCUCGACGAGGAGAAGGUAAGCCACUCAUCAUCUGCGCUCUCUAAAUUCAGUCCAGCCAAACGGCUCCGUUUCUCUCGGACCGGCAGUGGCAGCAGCAACAGAGAAGCACUGUUGUUCGGCACAAACAACAACAUGCGAGAAGAGCUGCAACAGAUGGUUGAUACCCUUGAAGACACCGUGGCCGGUAUGAAGGAGUUUCUUUUCUUCUUGGAAUUGUAUCCUCGGAUCCUUCGCCAACCUUACGGCACAUAUUUGCUCUUGGACAAUUGCAUGUUUGGUCGCCAAACUGAACGGGAAUGGGUCCUGAAAUUCUUGUUGUGUCCCAAUGUUACGCCAGACUUGGCUGUACUUCCAAUCAUUGGUCCAAGAAGAGUAGGGAAGAGCACCCUUGUUGAGUAUGUCUGUAGGGAUGAGAGUGUGCGUGGUCACUUCUCGAUGAUCUUGUUCUUUCCAGAAGGCAGUCUCAAGGAUAAAGGACUUUUUGACCUGAAAGGAAACAAUAUUAGUGGCCUAGUCAGACAUCAAAAUUCUGCUUCUCAAAACAGGUUGCUGAUUAUUGUUGAACUAGCUGAGGAUAUUAGUGAGGGAACAUGGAGAAGGUUGAAAUCUUCCGCAACCAGCAUGACACCACGUGGUGGGAGCAAAAUCAUAAUCACCAGUCGAUCAAAUAGAAUUGUGAAUCUGGGAACAACCGAAGCACUUCGACUGGAAUAUCUCCCGCAAGACGCUUAUUGGCACUUUUUCAAGUCGCUUGCAUUCGGGAGCACAAACCCAGAUGAGCAGCCAAAACUGGCAACGAUGGCCAUGGAGAUGGCUUUGGAGCAGAGACAGAGCUUCGCAGGCGCGCGUAUCAUUGCUGGGAUACUGCGAGAUAACUUCAAUCCUCGAUUUUGGCGCACAACUCUUGAAUGUAUAAGAGCAUAUAAACAGACAAACCUCCUUAUUUUUGAACAGCACCCAACAGUUCGUUUGCGAGACGAUGAACCGGUGUACCAUAGGAGAUCGGAGAAGAGCAGCAAACAUUUCUUGAUUUGCAACAUUUACCGGUCAGAUUCCGAGAAUGUUCCCAAGAUCAGUGUGCAGGAUAUUCUCUUAGGAUGUGGUGGUACGCUACCCUGUGGAGAAUUUGAGGCUCUUGCAUGGAGGUCUAGCAUACCGCCCUACUACAACUACACGAUAAGUUGUAAGAUGCAGGCACCACAACCUACAGUAGGAAGGAAGAAGCGUGUACAUCAGGAUGGGGAACAUUUGAUUUGA